CAAUAGUAUGACCCUCAUUAAAGGAAAUACCCAUAGAGGUAUCUGACAGUAAAACAUGCCAAUGGUUCCUUCGGACAAUGAAUACCUGAUGUUGAGGCACGUACACAGCACAAAUCCAGUCCGAUAGAUGGAGCUGCCGUGUAACAUUUGUUCAUGUGCAUUUGUAUCUUGUAACAAUCUAGUCGUGUACGGACGAAGUCAAGAGGAGUAACAAUCAUUGUAUUCCUAAAUUGAAUAAUCAUUUAGUUCUUCAGUUUAUUGAGGAAUUAGAGUAAUUGAAACUUGUUACUGUACAUUUUAUAAAUAUAAUACUUUCGUCAAAUUCACGAAAUAUAAACGUAUUGUGUAAAUACAAUUUUAUUUAUUUCACAAUACAGUACUUAAUUCUUGAUAUAACAAUCCCAUCAAAAAAGAAAUCAUGUCUACAAAUAUGUCACAUACAGAAAAAGAAUUAGAUUUAAGUAAUGCUGGAAGAGGCGUGUGGCUUGUCAAAGUACCUAAAUACAUAGCAAAUAAAUGGGAGAAAGCACCUGGCAAUAUAGAAGUUGGCAAAUUAAAGAUAACUAAAAAUCCUGGUCAGAAAGCAGAAGUAUCACUUAGAUUGUCAGAAGCAGUGUUAGCUUUAAAAGAACCUGGAGAAGAAGAAAUUCCAAAACAGCAUAGAUUAGAUGUUACAACAGUAACGAAACAAAUGUUAGGUGUAUUCUCUCAUGUUACACCUUCAAGUAGUUCAGAUUCUAUAGUUCCUGAAACUGAAAAACUCUAUAUGGAAGGAAGGAUUGUACAAAAAUUAGAAUGUCGUCCAUAUGCUGAUAAUUGUUACAUGAAAUUAAAAUUACAAAGUAUUAAAAGAGCUUCUGUACCACAAAGACAAGUUCAGCAAUUAGAUAGGGUAGUUCAGAAUUUCAAACCUGUUUCUGAUCACAAGCACAACAUUGAAUAUGCAGAGAAGAAGAAGGCAGAAGGUAAAAAGAUGAGAGAUGAUAAAGAUGCAGUAUUGGACAUGUUGUUUGCUGCAUUUGAAAAACAUCAAUAUUAUAAUAUAAGAGAUCUUGUAAAGAUUACAAGGCAACCAAUAGUGUAUUUAAAGGAAAUAUUGAAUGAAGUUUGUAAUUAUAAUCUAAAGAACCCUCACAGAAAUAUGUGGGAGUUAAAACCAGAAUACCGGCAUUAUAAAGAGGAAGAGAAAUUCGAAGGCAGUCAAAAAAAAGCUGAUGAAUCAGAUGACGAUUGAAGUUAAAAGUAUUUAAAGUAUUAGAAUAAAAUUUAAAAUAAAGUAUUUUACACUACUUGACAUCUGAGGCUGUGCGAAAUUAACAAUGUUUGAACACAUUUUUUUAGAUGUAUAUUUACACUGUCUUUAUUCCAUUGUAUCAAUAUAUACAUAUUUGAGACUAUAUAUAAAAUU